CAUUUAUCAGAGUUAUCUGAGAAAUGCAUUUCGUAGUCGCAAUGUCAAGUUCAAGUUUUGCGUGAUACCAUGACUAUGGUUUGAGUCUAAGUGGGACAAACACAUUUCGACUAUUUCCCGCCCACGGAAAAUAUUAGCAAAAAUUUCGCGGAGGUCGUCGCUCUGUUAAUCCCCCUCGAACCCCCACAAGGGAUGACGCAGUGAUUACCGGACGAUAACAAACGAAAUCAAUGCGACUUAAGUCCUUGACUAGACUUAAGUUGCAUCGCGCCUCAAAUAAGCAGCUCCAAGUUAAAAACCCAGCAGUGCUCGUGUUUUAGUGGCAAAGUGCGGACUUAUUAGUGAAAUGAAGAACGGGGAUUGCAAGCUCCCGAUCCAGGAGGACCACCGAGCUUUCCUCAAAAAACCAAAACCCUUAAAGACCACAACCAGCAAAAUUUUCCUCAUCACCGCCCUCAUCCUGCUAGCCGCAAUGUCGCUAAUGAUCGUCAUCACUUUUAUUUCCAUUAACGGAAUGCAAGAGUUGAGGGGAGAAGUCGACUCGCUUAAGGCCAUGGUUAAGAGCCUCCACGAGAAAAUUGAGGAAGAGAUCAGCCGCAACAAAACCGAAGAAAACUUCGGUGACGACUAUCCUGACUGGGGCGAGACAAUAAAUGACUAUUAUUUUGACUAUGACGGUUCGGAGGUUUACGGCGAUUACGACCAGCUGGAAACGGGAGAACCGUACACUAAGGAUGCAAAAGACGCCACGGUGCCGCCACGAGAAAAAAGGAGCAUUACGGGGUACACGGAGGACGAACCAACUGCCAAUGCGGAGCAAUACGGCGAAGAACGCCGAAGGAAUAACACUUUUAGGAAGAACUACCCGCAUUUUUACACAACGCCGCCGAGCUCCUUCCAGUUUCCGUUCUAUCCGGAGGCGAAAGCACAGCAGGACUGGACGUCGUCCCCGAGGCCCUACACGCGCAAAUCGCGUAUCAUGCAGUCAGGGGACUCAAGGGAAAACCCCGAUAUCGAGUUCAUAACUGCGCACACCAGGCAUCGCCAGCGUCGCCUGGAGCUGGACGAGCACCAGGUCAGGACCGGGAGGAUGCGGCCGUUGCCCAGCGUGCACUUUUCGGGAGAUACGUCGAAGUACGUCUACGGCCAGCACGAGAAUUUCAACGGGAACGGCCACCUCCGCCACCCCCAGACAACUUACGUUGACUGGGUCGAGAGCGACUGGUUCGGUAAACUGGGCAUGGACCAGUAUUUCGCUUUUUCGGACGGACUCUUGACCGUGAAAGAGCCAGGACUGUAUUUCAUCUAUGCUCAGAUUUUCUACUACGACAUACACGACACUAAUGGCUUCAGAGUGUACAGGAAUGAGAAUGAGACGCUCUUGCAGUGCACCACCAUGACGCAUUCAUCGGAAAGGGUCAUGAAAGGCAAUACCUGCUUUACAGCGGCGGCGAGCUACUUGAAUGAGAACGACAAGAUUAGUUUGGUGGAUCUUUCCGAAGCCAGAUAUUCGCUCUUUGAGCCCGGGAAGUCGUUUUUCGGAGUCGUCAAGCUUGGAGACGUCAAAAUCAAAUAAACCAAAGCUUUACUUAGGUUUUAAUUUAUUAGUAUUGUCGGAGCGUUCCGACAGUUUGACCAAAGGUUAACGAGAUGUAUCCUUAAUGCUUGCCAUAUUUUACUGUAUUAAUAAAUUUUGUAUAUAUUUAUGUACUAGAUUUUUGAAUAAAACUUUUAACCGAA